ACAAACAAACAUUUCAAAUGGGAGAAAAACAGAAACCAAUAUAAUUCCACCGAUAUGACGAGCCAAAUAGGAGGAAUGUUUUCCACGGUCCCCGCUAUACUAAUUCUCCUCGCUGCUUCGUUGCCAUCGUUGGCACUGUUCCAAAGGCUUUCCCAGCCGUUUUUGCUUUGGCAUUGAUUGUGGAAAUAGAUAAAGAAAAAGAAGAAACACGGUGUGGCACGGUGCACAGGAGUCGCGGGUGGCGUUUGCAUAGAAGUGUAAGAAUAAUCCACCAGCUCGUCUCGUGGAAACCAAUCACGAUAUUUGCGCUCCCGGUGUGAGAUGUGUUUUCCCAUCAGUCGUCGUCGUCCUCGUCCUUCCGAUAUAUGCCGCGCAGAGAUGGGUACGAGACUGUAAUUCAUUUCCCAUAGGGGGGACCGUAAUUGGUUUACUUUCUGCUACUCGAUGGAUGGGGCGAGGUGGUGGUGAUUUGAAAACGGUCUGAUGUUGAGCCCUGUGAAAGGUGGUUACGUAAACGGAGCGCUCGGUGCAGAUUCACUCCGGACGGAUCGGGGGAGUUGGAUAAGAAAUGCUACCUUGUCGGCGGUCAGGUUGCUUCUGCUUGCAAGGUAAUUUCCAACGUCAGAGAAAAAUCCUUUCGCCAGUAUCGGUCGGUAGCUCAAGUUUCUAGCACUGCAGAGGAUGGACAUGCGCAAUGAAGUCGUUCGAGCAGUUUGAGCUCGACUCACGUGUGUUCUGCUGGCUAAGGCCGAUGAUGGGAUGCAGAAUCAGCAGCAGAAUCCCGAUGAGCAGGAUGGUUUUAGUCACUGUUACGAGUCCACUGCAUUCGGUCGGGUUUUUCCUCUGCUGGGAGUAUCGUGAAAGUGAUUCGGGGAAAGGAAUCGAGGUUCUACUUUCAGAUCCAAGACGAGAGGUGUGUCGUGCUGAAGCGAGGACAAGAAGUACUUUGCUCUCUCCGGUGGGGGAUAGGACUGUUGUUUUUAUCGGAAUGUGUGUUGUUUUUUUGGAGGAAACGCUAGUCGUGAUGGAACGGCUGGGUCAUGGUCCCAGGUGACCCUCUAGGAAGCUUACUGAAUAUUCAGGCAGCGGCCGUUCGGUGAAGUGUGAAUUUGUGUUGCGUGCAAUUAACAGAAAGCUAUGGAAUAUCCUGCCGACUGUGAAGAAGCAGAUGUUGUCAGUAAUAUCAGUUCUAUGAAAAAGAAUCCAUCGCUCAAAGGAUUAUGUAGGAAACAGGAUACAAAAAGCUGCUUUCAAUACAAGUAAGAUGAAAUAUUCGUUCUUGGAACUGCGAUUUCAAAGAAACCAACUACGUAUGUAUGUUUGUGCUUCAAUGGACGAAACACGAGAACAACCUUGACGAGCAUUCGAAUGAAAUACAAGCUCUGAAUACCUGCUCAAAUCCCCUGUAAUUGGCGACUCACACACAAAAGUUAUCAACAACCAGGCGGCACUCGGUCGGGAUCAGCUUGAACUAACAACGUAUAAUCAGGAUUACUAUUUACACACCCGGAAAGCCCAUUCGAAGAAUUUUAAAUAGUUCAAAGUGUAGCUGUUGUUUCGUCCCUUUUCAUUGUUGAUGUUGCUGUUUUUAAAAAUCCUAGUCUAAUCCCAGCACUUUGCCCGGUUUCUUUCAUCGCGCACCUCGUCGUCGUCGUCGUCGUUGAAGGGUCCUCGCGUAUGCCCACUGGGCCAUAGUCAUAACCAUAAAUUAAGCGUUCAUUUAUAUGCUAAACACUGCUUCGUUUAGCCGUUUCCCCACCUCGGCGACCCUGCUGUCUGUGUGUGAAUCCUGCUCUCGCCGGUCCAUGUGCUGGUGGAAAGUGCCCUUUCUCAAUCCGAACGGGAAAGCGAAGAAAAUGUGAAAAACCGUCUGCUGCUGGUUGGGGUCGCAAUAAUCGUAAAAGUUGAAUUGUUUUCAGCUUUUACCUCUCACUUCGAUCCGCAGCCUCUUUGGCCCCUAAAAACCAGUGCAGCUGAGUGGGUGGCAUUGGUUUAAUGGAAAUCGAGUGGUAUUGAAAAAACCUACUUCACAUUUGCCGUGGAAAGCCGGAAGUGAACAAAAGAACACUUUGUUGUAACGGAAAAACGCGGGAGAAGUAGCGAACCGAAAAAAGUAAAAGAAGAAAUCUCUGUGAGUGGUGUCGUUGAUAAUACCUUUACGGAAGCGGCCCGGAAAAUAGUGAUGAAAAGAAAAGCAACAACAGAGGCAAGCACUUCCGCAUGUUUGAGUAACGCCCGGAAGAUCAAAUGUACAAGCUGAGCACGGAAGUAUACACGUAGAGAGCAGAAACCGUCAACAAACCGUAAGCAAACCGUGGUGGUGAAAGAGAAGAAAUAAACCUGCUGUGAAUUGGAGUUUGCAGGUGUAGACGAAAAUGUGGCUGGAAAAACUGGUGCUAGUGUAUCUGUUGACGCUGUUCAACUCGCUGGAUGGAUACUUUCUGGAUAACGACAGUCCGCUGACUGGAAGGCAUCGGAGAAAAGAAACCAACGAAGCCAAAUCAUCGCAUCGAAACGCACUGAGUUCGUCACACCACCACGAGAGUCAAUUCGUCACCAAAAACAACAGUAGAGUAGUUAGUCAACGAGGGGGCCUCGCCGUGCUCCCUUGCAGCGUCACCAUGUCAACACCAGCCACUGUAUCGUGGUUCCGGCGGAAAGACUACCAGCUGCUGACGGUCGGCCUGUCCACGUACAGCAGCGACGAUCGGUUCCUGGUGGAGCACACCCGCCACUUGGGGAACUGGGCGCUACGGAUAAAGAACGCCCGGAGGGAAGACGAAGGACUGUACGAGUGCCAAAUUUCCACCCAUCCGCCACAGUCGAUAUUCAUCGAGCUUAGGAUCGUAGAGGCCGUAGCAGAAAUUCUGGAAGCGCCUGAUUUGCAUAUAGACGAGGGAUCGACGCUGCGGCUGGAAUGCAAACUAAAACGUGCCACCGAAAGCCCGUUGUACGUCUUUUGGUAUCACGAGGAACGAAUGGUCAACUACGACCAGCAGGACGGCAUCUCGGUGUCGACGAACAAGUUGACGUCGAGUGUUCUCACGGUGCGAAAUGCCACGGCGAGGCACGGGGGCAACUACACCUGCGCUCCUGCCAAUGCGAGACAAUCCAGUAUCUAUGUGCACGUGCUCAAAGGUGAAAAGCCAGCUGCAAUGCAACAUCCGAACAAAAGUCCAACGGUGACGAGCAGUGCCGCAGCAGCCAUCAGUCGCCGCCUAACGAGCUCCGCUGCGACCAGUGGAUGGAUGGCGGCCCUGCUGCUGACCUGGACCUACUAUUGGUCGUCUCCGUGGCUCAUCCUGCGAUCGUUCACGUCGACUCUUGGCUCUUCCUCCAGUAGCUGCACCACCAUGAGACUGCCACCACGACUGCUACUGCUGCUGCAACGCCGGCGACGACGAACGACGACGGCCUACAAUUUUCUUAGCUCCCAAUUCAGCUCCGGCUGGUGCUGCUGCUCCAGGACGACACUCUGUAUACUGAUAGUGCUGGUAAUCGUAAAGACCAUAUUCAGCAAAAGUAUUAAAUUGUUCGAUGCGGUCUAAGGGUCACAGCAGAGGCGACCGAAUUUCACUUGUUGAGGUUUCGUGCCGUGUUGGACGUGUGGUUGAAGCGGCGCGAGGCACGAGGCGCAUAAGGGUGCGGGGCUGGCAAUGCCCCACAAAAGGACGAGAAGAGAGCUAGAGGACUUCGUUUCUAGGGACAAGUAGCUAUUAUUAUAAAUAUUUUGUACAGGUUUUCUAGUAUUAAAACAAGUGUUUAGGGUUAAUCUGAAUCAUUUCUAAAGGAGUGUCAAAACUGAGUGGUGGGUGUGAGAGCGUGAGAGAUUUGUGUGAGUAUGGGGCCUAAGGGGGACUACUCAGUUUAGGAGAAAGUACUAUGUGAACGUUACAAGAAUGAGAUGGAAAUUGAAAUCGUUUACAAGGGAACUAGUAAAACUCAAAAUUUAUUAUAUGUUCUUUCUUUGAAGUUCUUGGGAGAUUCGUUUUCUUGUGGUGUUUUCUUCAAGAAUUAAAAAUUAUUGCAAGAAAAAAAAAAACUAAUUUUCCUACCUGCGCAAUUUCUCCGAAAAAUUCAUUCACUGGAAAAUUUUCAUCAUUUCCAUUCUUAAUCGACUAUGCAAAUCUCAUCAAUAUUGCAAACGACCGGCUGCACUAUUGCCUAGAAGACGCUAUAUAGGUUGGUACGUCCGCAUCAGAACAUCGUUCGGCAAACUUGCCUUAAGACAGAAUCUAGAGAGAACCUAGAGAAAGAUCCAAGAGAAAAAAAACAUCAAGCCAAACUAGCAUAAAGAUAAGCACCUCGCCGGUCUCAUUUUCAGCCAUGCCGGGACUCUUUUAUCUAUCUCACCUGACGACGACGACGACCGACGCCGAUCGUCAGCCAUAUCGCGUCGUCGUCGUCCUCGUACCGCGGCCAAGCAUCGGCAGUCACCAGGAUGUUUGCUCUUAUGUGAAAAUUUCUGGCGCGCUCGCCUUUUUUAAACUUCUUCCGCCCUGGCCUUUCCCGCGCGAAUUUCCCCUCAAUUCCCACACUCUCAUCAGUUAUGCAAAAUGACAAAAUAGAUGAAUGUGUUUUAUUCAUGAUUUCCCCGUUUCUUUAUCUAGAAACGCAACGCGACGGGGACGACGACGACGGCAACGACGUUACCGUUUUCUGGUUGGCUGGUUGGCUGACUGGGUCCAGGUGGUGACCAAGGGCUGCCCCGUCCGGGGAGAUGGCGUGGUGAACACAGUUAUUUCCUUUUUCCCACGAUUCUCAUUUUUUUUAUUUAACUUCCCCCUCCGUUGUGGAGGUUUUUCUCCUUUAUUUAAAGCAAAACCUGAGGAGAUGAAACUUUAAAAAAAAGUCGAUUCACUCGAGGCUUGCACAAAAGACACGCUGCUGAGCUUAGCGGAAAGACAGUCAGUGCACCCAACUAUAGAUAUGGGAGGAAGCGAUAUGAAAUGCGUCGUUGAUAUUAAAAAUACUCAAAUGAUUUACAGAAUCUUUUUUUAUUAUUCCCUAAAAAAUCCAUGAAAAAUUAUAGAAUAAAUCAAAUUCAAAAUAAAUUUCUUAGUGACUUCAUAAAAGAUUUUCAAGUUUUUUGGUGACUAUCUUGAGAAACCUUUGGAAGAAUUUUGAAAGAAACCGCAUGAAAAAUUUCAGAAUUUUUAAAGAUUUGAUGAAAGAAAUUAUCGAGUAAUUUCCAUGGAAGGUUUUCUGAAAGAAUCACUUAAGUUUGCAAUGGAAUUCAUGAGUUAAGAAGGAAUUCAUAAAAAGUUUUGUAAGGGAAUUCUUGGAUAAAUUACUGGAAAAAAAAAUUCUUGAGGAUUUUUUGAAGUAUGUCUCAAAAAAGUCGAUGAUGGGGGGGAGAACGGGUUAUUAUGCACGGGCUUCUUGUGCACGGGCUUGAUUGAGGAAUCUUUGAAGCUACCGCUGAAACAAUUUCUGAAAGAAUCCUGGUAGGAAUAUGUGAAGAACUUUUUCAAAAAUAUUGUAGGAUUUCCUGAAGGACCUUUUUUUAUCAAUCCCUAAAGGAAUUUUCGAAAAAAAUACAUGGAACUGAAACUGAAAAAUAGAUAAAUCAGUAUAAAUAAAAAUGGAAUAAUGUUUGUUUAUUGCGAAUGGGCUUGGAAGCGGAACCACAAAAUUCUCUUGCUAUUGCAAUUGUGCAGGACUCCGACGUGUUCGUACGAAAAAAUAAUUAUGAAAAUCGACCGGUAAAGCAUUGAAAACCGUAAAAUUUGAAACUUAUUUCGUCAGGACAUUUUUCUGCUGAACUAUAAAUCAAUAAACAAAAAUUUUAAUGCAUUUAUGAAAGUAUUACAGGAAAGUUUAGUGAUCAAUAUCUGGAAGAAUUUUGGAAGGAACUGCUAAAAAAAUCUGAAUUUUGGAAGAUUUAACGUAGGAAAUUAUUGGGUAAUUUCUGAUAGAAUCCGUGGAAGGUGUUCCGAAAGAAUCCCUGUAGUUUGUAAUGGAAUCCAUGAAUUUAGAAGAAAUUCAUUAAAAAUUUUCUUUGGUAAUCAUUGAAAAAAAUUAUGAAAUUUUGGAGGAAGGUUUGGAAAAAAGAAACUUAAAUUCCUAUUUUCUGAAGUAAUCCGCGCAAGAUUUUCCGAACGGAUACCUGGAUGUUUUUCAACAAAUAUUCCAAGGGGUAAUUUUUCAGAAAAUUCUUGAAAGGUUUUCCAAAGGAAAUCUUGCAAGAAAAACUGAAGGAAUCUCUAGAGAAAUUUCUGAAGGGACGCGAAAUUUCUAAGUCAGAAGGCAUUCUUGGAUGAUUUUUUUAAGAAUUCCCUGGAGUAUUUCUAUAGAAAGCUUUGGGAGAAUCUUCGAAGACAUUCCAAAAGAAGUAUCCCACCAGAGCUCUUCUGGACAAAACUCUAAAAAAAAUCCAAAUGGGCCGCAGAAAAAAAAAAUGAAAGAAUCUCGAGUACAGUCUAGUCUAUACAUACAUAGCUAUUCAUUGAAAGAAUCCUGCGAUGAAAAAGUGAUAGCGUUGACUAAAUCUAUUAUUUUUCUUGUCAUGAUCAAUGCUUGAAAUUCAUCGGAAAUGCAUUACAAGCAUUGAAGCGGCCAGGCGUACUGUGGUUUACAAAUAAAACCAUUGAGUGGUGACGUCUCCUACCAACCGCUCAGCUUUUUCAAAAGCAGCAUACGUGAAAAUCAGCGAGGUUGACGAGGUUCAGAUGGUUAACCCUAAAAGGGAUACCUUCAUGGCCUCAGUUUCGUCACCUCGCUUAGUGUGUUCCAUCAAAGACGAGCUCUGAAAGGCGCCUGGGGUUCAAUGGACCCCAGGUAUCCCUUUUAGGGUUAAUGUCACCCUUUGUUACCAAGUUUCCUGAAAUGGAACACAGGUAUUUAUCUCGUGUGUCCUCACCCCUACGCUUAGGUUUAAGCCCCUUUUAAAGCUCUCUGAAACGAAAUGAAACGCUUAUUUACGCAAUUAUUAUUUUUUAAAAGAAUUUAUGGAGAAAUUCAGAACGAUCCAUCUUUCAUCAGGAUCCAUCAUGGAAUGCUUCGAGAAAUUUCUAGAUGACUUUCUGAAGCAAAUCAUUAAAAUGUUUUGAAGAGAAUACUCUGGAAAUUUCUGGAGGAGUGCCUUGUGAGUUUCUAAAGCAAUCCCGGGAAAACAUACAAAUUUAUUCUUGGAGUAUAUUCCCCACAAACAUUAUUGCUGAACAAUUGAUGAAAAAACCGCUCUCGAGCCUCAUUUCAAAAAUUGUUUUUUUGGCCAAAUAAGCUGUUAUGCAGCUACCAUUGUUGGUUGGGUUAUAAAUAAAUCUGUGGAAGUACUUUUGGAAACCUUCCUAUAAAAAAUCUUUGGAGAAGUGUACAAAGAAAUCACUGAAGGAAUUUCUGAAAAUAAGUAAAAAAAAACUUGAGAAAUAAUUACUUUAAGAUUUUCUGAAGGAAUCUCUGUGGAAAAAUACCUGAGCCCAAGCAGCACACAUGUCACAAAGGAGUGUCGACAGCGCAGGUUUUGGUGGUACAGGAGCUGCAUUCCUGUUAUUCUAAACCAAAGGCAGAAUAACUUGAAAACGACUCGUGUCCCACCUAGAACCUACGCUGUCGACAUGUAUUCCCAAGCAGCGCACAUGUCACAAAGGAGUGUUGACAGCGGUUCAUGGUCAUUUUCAAGUUAUUCUGCCUUUGGGUUAGAAUUACAGAUCCCUGCACGAAUUUCUCAAAUAAUCCCUUAAGGAGAUUGUGAGAAAUUGCAUUUAAGCAAAAAAAGCAAAUUAAUAUCAGAAAGAUUUCAAGAAAGAAUCUCUGAAGGAAUUUAUAUAGGAUUCACUUAUGAAUUUCUGCUAGAAAUUUUCGGAUAAAUCUUAAGAUGAACUUUCGAUGGAUCCUGUAGAGAAACUUCCGAAUAAAUUUCUGGGAGAAUUUCUAAAGCAAACUUAAAUGAACAUAUACAAAAAAUUUUAGAACAUUUUGGAACAGAAAGAAUCUCUGAAAAACAAAUAUUUUCUGUCAGAUUUGCUUCAAAAAAUCUCCAAGAAGUUUCUUAAGGCUUCUUAAUGUUUAGGAGUUUCUAAAACACUGAAUGCAACAUUUUCUAAAAAAAACUUCUAAAAGAAUCCCUAAUGGCAUUUGUGAUUGAAUCUCUGAAAAACAUUUUCAAAUAAAUCUUUGGGAUAUGUUCUAAACAAUUUUAUGCAACUCAGUAUUAUAAUUUCUAUUUUAUAUAAUUCAUUAUGGUAUCAUAAUAGCCCAUUUUUCCGAACUGGUUCAUUAUGCAACUGAAAUGAGUUGCAUAAUGAAAAAUAGUUACAUAAUGUUCAUAAUGCAACUCAUUUGAGUUGCAUAAUGAACAUUAUGCAACUCAAAUGGGUUGUAUAAUGAAAAAAUCAUUGCAUAAAAUUUUGUAUGGAACUCAUUGCAAAACUCGAUUUUUUCAGCACUCUUCGUAUUUAUCCACGACUCGUGCUGAAAAAAACAACUUUUUGCAACUCGUCACAUAAAUAACUAUAUGAAGCAAUUUCUAGCGGAGUUCUUCCGACGUGUUUUUUUUUUGGAAGAUUGAUGCAAUCUAUUUAAAAUUAACUUAAAGAAUCGGUUGAUUUUUUUGAUAAGAACUCCGUGGAAGAUUUGCCGAAAGAAAUUCUUCAAGGGUUUCUAAAACAAUCCAUGGCACAGUUUAUAAAAGAAGUUAAGUAGAAAUUUCUGGAGGAAUUUUUGGAUUAAUUUUUUAUAGGAAUUUUUAACGGGGCUCGUAGAAGACUUUGUGAAGGAAUUUUUGGGGAAUACCUUGAUGAUUCUCAAGGAUUCCCUGAAAAUUCAGGAAGAUUGUUUGAAGGAUUUCUUAGAGGAUUAUCCCACCGGAAAUUUUCUUAAAGGAUCCCUUUAAAUAUUUCUGGAAACUUCUUCAGCAGUUACUGGAUGCAUUUCUGAAUAAAUCUCUGGAGAAAUACUCCCAAAUAGGUCUCAGUAAAAAUUAUGGAAAUAAUCUCUGGAUAUUUCGGAUAUUCGGAAGGAUCCCUGUACGAUUCGAAAAAUUUCUGAAAAAAAAACUCGCGGAAUAAUUUCUGAUGGAAUAUCUGAAGAAAUGCCUUACAAAUUAAAUCAACAAAUUGUUGGAUUAAUACCUGAAAUAAUUGAAUUCCCUGCACAAGUUUCUAGAAGAACCCCCUAAGGAGAUUGUGACGAAAUUUAUGGAGAAAUUUCAUCUAAGGUUUCCUUGAAAUAUCACCUAUGAAACUUCAUGAAGCAGUUCAUGGAAGAUUUGCUGAAGAAUCCCUGGUAAAAAAUUCAAUUGAAUGUCAUAAAGAUUUUUAGAAAUAAUCUUUUUAAAAACUUCCGAAAACAUCUUGAGAAGUUUCUGGAAGAACCCAGGAGGAGUUUGUAGAGAAGUCUCUGGAGGGAAAUUUCCUCAUUGGU